AUGGUUUGCGAUACGUUGGUGCAUCACCCUUCUUUAAAUAAAUUGGUUACUUUUUUGGAAACUGUAAACGGUAGGGAAAAAUCGUUAAGACUAUUACAAUAUCUAUUUAGCUUUAUUUUAUCUAACAAAAAUUUGAAUCUAAUUUUGAAUAUCAAGAAAAAUGUGUUAUUAUACAAGAACUUACAAGCACAAAUUGGAAUCGUUAGGAAAUUUUUGAGAUUUUUAAAGCCAAUUUCAAUUUUACAAUCUUUAAUUAAACUGUAUAAUAAGAGAAACGGCUCUUUACACAUUGAUUUCAUACUAACUUUUUAUAAAAAUUUAUUCAAUUGUUUAUAUUUAACAUUCGAUCAAUUAAAUUUAUUAAGAAUAUUGAAUGUUUUACCAAAAAAUGAGUUCACGGUAAAGAGAUUACCAAAAAUAACAAAUUAUUUUUGGUUGUUUGGUUUGGUUACAAGUUUACUUACAAGUGCAAAGACAAUCAUCACUUUGAAUGAAAAAUUAAUCGAAUUAAAGAAUAAUAAUAUAGAAAAACAAAAUGAAUUUGAAGAUGAAAAAAUUAUUCAAUCUUUGAAUAUUCAAAAACAUCAAGUCUUAAGAAAAAUCGUUUGGGAUCUAUUAGACUCAACGGUUGUAGUCAAUUCAUUAGAUUUAAUUAAAUUAAAUCAAAAUGGUUACGCUUCUUUAGCUGGUGUCAUCACUUCUUACUUUGGAAUAAAGGAAGCUUGGGAUAAAAUACCACCUUCAACAAAAUAA